AUGGCUGGCAUGGCAGCCACCCUGCAUGUCCGCAGUAAGCUUCCUUCGUUUGUAAGGCCGCCCACUCUUCAGGGCCUUUCUUCUUCUCAUUGCCUCGCUGGCUCUUUCUCUCCUCUCCCUUAUAGUCUACUAUGUCAGCUUGAGCGCAGGAAGUCCCCGUCGUUUAUCGCCAGAUGCCAAAAAUCACAGACAACUACAACGGAGGCAAACGCUACGACGACCGAGACGUCCAAAGGAGCCGCCACACAUACUAUCCAGGUUGGACCGAGGAGUGAUCCUCAUCAGUAUGUACCCAGUAGCGUCAACGCAUCCGUCGGCGACGUAAUAGUCUUCGAAUUUUAUCCGCGUAACCAUUCUGUGGUACGAGCAGACUACGACGCGCCCUGCGUGCCUGCCCAGACGAGCGGCCCCGUCUUCUACUCUGGCCAUUUCAACAAAUUCAACGAAGAGAAUGGACAGAUGAUAGGACCGACCGCAAAUAUGACAUGGGAGCAUCAAAACAAGAAAGCGAUAAAUUACCCCUACCAGCUGGAACCAUGGGAGCACAUCCCUGCCGAAGGAGAGAGUCCCACCUCAUCAGCGACCUCCAGCCCUUCCCCAUCGUCGUCCGGAAGUCACCUCAGCGGCGGCGCCAUAGCUGGGAUAGUCGUUGGAGCUGUCGCAUUCAUCGGGCUUCUCGUGGCAUUUUUCUUCGUCAUGGGUCGGAACCAGGUAUACAAGAAGUGGAUGACAUCGCAGGAUGGGACCACGGAGCGAACAGCUCGCUGGGCUCUGUUCAACAGCCACGGGGAACGCAAGAGUGACUUCGAUAGCACGCAGCCUCCUGGCGAUCAAGCGACGUAUAUGCCGAGCCCGGAUCUCACCAAUCGUGCCUAUGUGUCAGGGCAAGGACAAUAUGGCUGGGACCCGUCUAUGUUCCAGCCCAUGCCACAGUCACCACCGCCGCCAAGACACGUAGCACCCACCGAGUUAGAAGCACCCGAUUCGGUAGCUCAUUAUCGGACCGAUGGAAGGUGA